AUGAUUAAAGCCACUUUCUCGGACUUCAUUUCCGAUCUCCUUGCACUGCUUGAUGCUCUCACCCUGUCCAAGGUUUGCUUGAUCGGUAAAGAUUUUGGAGCUCGAAUAGUUUACUUAUUUUCACUGUUUCAUCCUGAGAGAGUAUCCGGAAUAAUUACACUGGGAGUGCCAUUUGUGCCUCCAAGUCGUCCAACAAAUCUUAAGCCUCUCGACAAGGAUCUAUACAUUUCAAGGUGGCAGGACCCGGGAAGGGCUGAGGCUGAUUUCAGCCGUUUUAACUGUAAGACUGUGGUGAAGAAUAUUUACAUUCUCUUCUCUCGAGAUAAAGUGCCGAGAGCUAAUGGGAACCGGGAGAUAAUGGAUAUUGUGGACCCAUUGGCUCCUUUGCCCCUUUGGUUUACCAUGCAAGAUCUUGAAAUUUAUGCUUCUCUGUAUCAGAAAUCCGGAUUUCAAACUGCAUUGCAAGUUCCGUAUAGGUCACUUCAUGAAGAGUUUGACAUUAUGAAUUUGAAGGUUGAAGUCCCGGCAUUGGUAAUUACGGGUGGGAAGGAUUACUCGUUGAAUUUUCCUGGAAUCGAAGAUUACAUUAAAAGUGGUCGGUCGAAGGUGUACGUGCCAAACUAUGAGACAGAAUACUUGCCUGAAGGUUCUCAUUUUAUGCAGGAACAAUUCCCGGACAAAGUGAAUCAGCUAAUUCUCAACUUUCUCAAUAAGCUAUAG